AUGGGCGGGUCACCCGUGGAUUACAAGCGGCAACAGCAACAACAACAACAACAACAACAACAACAACAACAACAACAACAACAACAACAACAACAACAACAACAACAACAACAACAACAACAACAACAACAACAACAACAACAACAACAACAACAACAACAACAACAACAACAACAACAACAACAACAACAAUGGCCCGUACCCGCAACAGUGCCGGCCGCUCCGGCGGCGACGACGACGAUGUCGAGGCGCGGGAGCGCCGCGAGGCCGCCGCUGCCACCGCCGCCGCCGCCUCCGCUGCCGCCGCCAACGAGCUGCUUCGGCAGUACGAGCUGCAGAAGCAGCAGGAGCAGCCUGCUCCCGAUCCGGGCCUGCAAAAUUAAACUAUUCAUCAUUUUAGUUAGGACUAGGCUAUUUAAAUCCGACUGAGGCUCUAGCUUGUACACUUUUCCAUAUGUGCACACAAGUCACUUGCUUGGAAAGAAACGCCCCGUUUACGCAAUCUCGCCAGGAGCUCAUCAAUAUCACACACCAUGCUGCGUUCAUUCUCUCGCCGACGAAUACGACAUAUGCAGUUUGCGGCAACUGUCUACUGCAAAGUUCACAAGGGCAUGAGAUUUGUGGUGAUACAACGAAGAAUUCAUACGGGCAGCAUUGAAGGCUAACACCACAACAUCCGAGGAAGACCGCAGCCUGCGAAGGUAUCAUAGUCGAGACGUUGCUUUUUCACAUAAGCUUGACCGAUAGGCCGGAAAUCGCCAGGGCGAUUCGCGGUACUUUUCUGGAUUAUGAUCUCGUAGUUGCAUCCCACAAGUCAGGGUCGUCAUUUUAGUGUAAGCAAUUGGCUGACCACUAUAGCCAAGAUGUAAUGGAUUAAACCCUG